AUGAUCUAUAUAACAAUAAUAGAAAAAGACUUGGCUGAUCCUCUACAAAUCACUAAAGACGUAGAGAGAUCGUUAUAUUAUUAUCCUCAAGGUAAUAAUAUUUCACCUGGAUUUCAUGAUAUUUGCACAUGCUUUUUAUUAGUUCUUGGAAAGAAAUUAGCCAUUCCAGCAGCAGAAAAUGUCGCUUUGUUCUUUAUUAGAGAUGCUAUGUUAGAUUCUUUUGACCCGAUAUCUAAACAACUUCAACUUAUGAGUUCUUUAAUAGAAUAUGAAGAUCCUGGAUUAACUUUAUUUUUAGAAAAAGCAAAUAUUAUGCCCUAUUAUGCCUUAAGUUGGCUUCUGACGUGGUUUAGUCAUGAUUUUGAAAAUUACGAAAAAGUGAUUCGAUUAUUUGAUGUCUUUAUAUCAAGCCAAGCCAUGAUGCCAGUAUAUAUUGCUAGCGCGGUUACUUUAUUACGUAGAAAUGAAAUACUUGCAGCAGAUAAAGACUUGGUUCAUUCACUCAUUACUCGAAUUCCUCAAGAUAUGGAUAUAGAAGAGAUUAUAGCAAAGGCCAUAGAAUUAGAAAGUAAAUAUUCAAUACUUCAACUUCAAAAACAAAGUGGAAUAUGGCUACACGAUGAAUCUGUGAUAAAUACUUGGAAAAAAGAUUGGGAAAAAUUAAAAUGGGGACAAGUGCCAGAUCAAUUACAAGCAAAUAGAUACCUUAGUCAUCAAAUAGAGAAGGAAGAAUGGGAGGAUGAAAUGUCAUUAGAGUGGACUAGAAGAAGAAGAAUGACUAUUAUUGAAGAUGAGAUAUGA